GGCUAGAUCCAACGUCAGGCGCUUGAACCCUUCUUCUCUGACGGAGCUAGAGAGAGAGAGAAAGAUCAACUGAGAAACCUAAAAACUAUUUUCUCAAUCCUUUGUGACGUUUAUUGCCAUUUUCUCUGUGUUCGUUGUGAAGAAGAGUUCUUCAUAUCUCUAGCUAGACUCUGUUGAAUAUGGCUGGACUUCGAUUGCAACAACCUGAAGAACCAGAGCUAUCACAGGCGCGAGUAACCGCCGCCGCUGCAUAUGCUUCCAAUGAUCUGAUCUCCGACGACGACCGAUCUAUUGCAGCCGACUCAUGGUCUAUUAAGAGCGAGUACGGCAGUACUCUCGACGACGAUCAACGUCAUGCUGAUGCCUCCGAGGCGCUUUCUGUUUCUGCUUUCCCUGCCACCUCCGAUUACAACUCGGAUAAGGAGGAACCAGAUGCUGAAGCUAUUACAUCGAUGUUGGGCUUCCAGAGUUAUUGGGAUGCUGCGUAUGCAGAUGAACUGGUUAAUUUCCGUGAGCAUGGACAUUCUGGUGAAGUGUGGUUUGGGGCUAAUGUCAUGGAAACUGUUGCUUCUUGGACAAAAACUUUAUGCUCAGACAUAUCUGAAAGGCAUUUUCAAAAUCAUAUCGAUGGUAAAUCUGGUCCUGUUGAACAGAUUAAUAAAGAUGUUACUGGUUGGAAUGUUCUUGAUGUUGGCACAGGCAACGGGUUGCUUCUCCAAGAACUUUCUAAGCUGGGGUUUUCCAGUCUUACAGGUACUGAUUACAGUGAAGCUGCAGUAGACCUUGCUCAAAAACUUUCUGAGCGUGAUGGAUACACAAACAUUAAGUUCUUGGUUGAUGAUGUACUUGAGACAAAGCUGGAAUCAAAAUUUCAACUUGUGAUGGAUAAAGGAACUCUUGAUGCUAUUGGAUUACAUCCAGAUGGCUCCAUAAAGAGGGUCUUGUAUUGGGAUUCAGUAUCGAAACUGGUAGCACCAAAUGGAAUAUUGGUGAUAACAUCAUGUAAUAGCACGAAAGAUGAGUUGAUAGAAGAAGUGGAAAACUUCAAUCAAAGAAGGAGGAGGGUAGGAGGAGAUGAUGAGAGUGGAAAAGUGGAGGAUUGUUGUGAUUAUCUGCUACGGUAUGUUGAUCAUGUUCGUUCAUAUCCAACGUAUUCAUUUGGCGGAUCUGUAGGGUCUCGUGUAGCCACUGUUGCUUUUCAACGCAACUAGAAAUGAAUUAUAUGAUUGGUUUGGUUGGUGCUAUAUACAAGUGAGUAGUGUCAACUAACUAAGUGCCUUUUUAUGAAUGUCCUAUGUUCUUCUGAUUGGGAUUAUUGUAACUUUUCAUUACUGUUGUUGGAGGAAAGAAAACCAAAUAUAGGAAGGGAGAGGGGGGGAUAUGAAAUAACUACUCUUACUGCUGCAAGUAUUAUAUGUCACACUGCUUUGAUGGAUUUAUUGAUUGUUUGUUGCUCUAA